AUGACAAUAUUGCACUCAAAAAACAGCCAAAAAGGAGAUUCUGAUGAUCCUCCCCCUAAAAAGAAAUCAAAAAAAUCCAAGUCUUUAAUUAGAACUCAAACUCAAGCUUAUGUAAAUCAUCCUACAACUUCAACUGGAGCAGGUCCCAGUCAUUGCCUGCCAGAACAAAUUGGUUUAUAUUCUUUUUUGUCUCCUACUCAAAGUUACUAUACUUCAUCUGAAGGAGAAACAUUUCUUUCUUCAUCUCAGCAUUAUUUCGAGCAGGCUGAAUCUGAUUUGCAGCACUAUUUUGGUCAGACAGAUCAAGAAAUAGUUAAAUUUAAACUUGAUAAAUUUGAUGUUGGAUUAUACACAAAUUCUCAGUCAGACCCAUACUCUUUCGAAGAAGAAUACGAAUCUCCGUUUUCUGGUACAGUCCAAGAUCCAGCUGUACCGGGAACCUCUCAAACCAAUUGCAAAUCUAAAAUACUUAAUAAAAGCCAAAUUUAUAAUCCUAAUUGUUUAGAAUAUUAUAUUUAUGGACCUGGUUCAAGAUCUCCUAAUUCGAAAAAAAAUCCUCCUAAAAGAGUGUUACCCGAUAUUAACUUAAUUGAAGUGAUAUCUAGUGAAGAAAUUGUUUCUCAAGUAAAUAGUUUUAAAAGUGAAUCAUUAGUGGAUGAUAACAAAUUCGAAGGAGGAUCAUUAUUAGAUGACAUUAACAAUUUUGACAUAGAUGAUAAGUUUGGAAUUCAUUUAAAUGGAUAUGACAAGGUUCUUUCUCCUGAAGGUCCUCAAUAUGAAAAUAGACUUGCUCGUAAUUCGCCUGCUGCAUCACUUAGUAAUUUGGGAAAUACAUGUUUUUUAAAUAGUGUUUUAUAUACAUUGAGAUUUGCUCCAAAUUUUCUUCAUAAUUUACAUCACUUAGUUUGUGACAUGAAUUUAAAUACAGUUAAUAACUUACAAGCUAAGCAAAAGACUUCUUCUUUGGGAAGAAAUGUUAAUUUAAAUUGGAACAGUAAUAAAGACUUUACUUCAAAUGGAAUAGGUGAUCAUCCGAGUCAAGUUAAAACGAAAAAACAAAUAGUUACCGAAAAAUUACACGAAGUUUAUGAAGCUAUGCAUAUUGCUGAAACUAAAGAACACAUAGAUCCCUUUCACCCUGAUGUUUUUCUAACAGCUUUAAGAGAAGUGAAUCCAAUUUUCGAAGGUAAUCAACAACAGGAUGCACACGAAUUAUUAGUUUGCUUAUUGGACAUAUUUCGUGAAACUUGUCAAGCUCUUGCAAGGCAAGCCGAAACAAGGGCUGCUUUUGAAGUUCAUUACAGCUUACCGCCGAGCGGAGAGUCCGAAAACUCACUUUUGAAAUUAAAUUCGGCAAGUAAUUUAAAUAAACCGUGGGGCGGAGUCAUGUCCGUUAGAACAUCAUUAAAAGCGAGAACUCAAGAAUGUUUAAAAACGAGAAAAAACGAAAAAAAUUCUUCUUUCAACAAUAAUACGAUUAAGAAAAAAAAUAAAAGAGAUUUAGAAAGAGUUGAUAGCAACGACAGCGCUGAUUCAAGUUCAUCUUCUAUGGAAUUUAAUUCAAAUUUAAAAGGAGCACAUUUCGAUGAUAAAUUAAGGCUGGGUGUUCAUAAUUUCGUCGCUCAAGAUUUUGAAGGUGUUAUGGUUUUGCAGACAACUUGCCUUGGAUGUGAAAACACAACUGAGAAAAAAGAACCCUUUGCUGAUAUUUGUGUACCCAUAAAAACGGACGAUAACGAAGACGAGGACGAUCCGAUGGAUCCAUUAAAUCCGAGUGAUUUGUAUCAAAGAGCAGUCGUUACGGACGAGUAUUUAAGAGAUAGAAAUAAGUAUUACUGUGAAGAAUGUUUACGAUACAAUGAAGCACGACGAUCAGUACGAUAUCAGACAUUGCCGAGGUUAUUAACGUUGCAAUUGAAAAGAUUUUCCAGUACCUACGGAGCCAUGUCAAAGGUGACUCAGUACAUGCCGACUCCCAUGACGCUUUCUUGCUUUUGCGAAGAAUGUCGGUCUUUGGAUAGAGGGAAAUCGUCCCCGAGUAGACAUUGUUACGAUUUAUACGGCGUGAUAAUGCACUUGGGACCCAACAUGGCGGGAGGUCAUUACAUAGCCUAUGUAAAAACAACAGUCAAUCUGGAAUGCUAUAGAACAUGCGGGUUCCGACUCGGGAAAGUCGAACAAUCACAAGGGAAACAAUAUACUUUACAAUCUGUUUAA